ACCCCCACAACACCCACAACACGAAAACACGAAACACUCAAACGACCCGAACCUCACACGCCAUCAUCAGGUCAAGCAGGUCAAGACACUCUCGAAUCCACGCCGGUUAGCCCGGCUAUUGGAACCCGUUGAUCGAUCAAUGCCACGCCAUGGAUAAGAAGACCAAGAAGAGCGCGGAAGAAGCCGCUGUGAUCACGGGACCGUGGCGUGCCACGCGUUUGUGGAACGACAUCGUCCGAUCCUUCUAUCACGGCAUGCCCGUCAAGAAACACCGCAAGGGUCCGCUCAAGUCCUCGGUGGUCGAGGACUGCUUCUCGGGACAUGAGGCCGUCGAGUGGAUGCAAAAGUAUCUGACCCAGAAUCCCAAUUUCGAGACCGAGGUCACCAAAGACCAGACCGAAUUGUUAUUGCACAAGAUCCUUCGAGCCGGACUCAUUGAGCCCGUGCACAUGCCCUUGGGAUUUUUGGCCGCGGCCACGUCCCAAACGGCCUUGAAGGCGGUCGAGCUGCCCUCAUUUGCGGUCGGUGAGCUCUAUCGGUUUGUUCCAUCGGCAACAGAGCAACUCCGAUCGCCGGGCCAACACACGCCUCCUCAGGAUAACAAAACCGGGAAUGGCAUGAGCAAAAACAGCGGUCCGAGUAGAAAAGCUCUGGCCAGUAUUGAUACCAACACGCCCAAGCGACCUUCGUCGGCUUUGGCCCGAUGUUCGACCAGUUUGAGUUUGUCAUCCAAAGUGGAAGAGAAUGACAAUCGUGAGAAUGUCCCUUCCGCGUGCUCAGGGAAAACCUCCUCAGAGCUGGCCGAUCCCGAUGGACCGGCUCAGGGGGCUAAAUACACUGAACAGAUGAAACACGACAUCAAUCGCUCGUAUUUCCAAUCUUUGCCUCCAAAUUCACUCAUUAUUUUGGAUAAUGACGAGACUUGGAGACAGACCUGGACCCAUCAGCUUCGCCGUCAUCUGAGUGCCAUUCACGUGGACAGCCUAUUCGUCAAUGUGUCCUACAUCAUCUACAAUAUGACUAAAGUCAGCCCUAAAGGGGUGGUCAAGUUACAAGGGCAUCUCAGCGAGUUGGACUUGCCUCAUUGGGUUCUGUCGGCCAUGAAGUGUCUGGCGAAUUGGCCCAAACCAUUGAAGAUGCUGAACGGACAAGAGAGCUCGUUGCCCAACUAUCCUGGCUUUGUCGCUGACGUGUUUGUCGUGGUCAGGGACUAUUUUCACGGCCUAGGCGCCCCUUUGAUCUCGUCCGAUCUUUUUGACAUGUUCAUCUCGGCUUUUAUCAAAGCCGAGGCUCUUGGUGCUAAAAUGCGUUGCGUGCCUCAACCUUCGGUGUCGUCCCUUCGCUCCUCCAAACAGACUCAAGUUCCGGUCUCGAGUGGUUCAGGGCUAGAUCGUCGCUUUUAUGUCAUGAGCCACGAUCACCAGGACCAGUUCCUGCCUCAUCAUCAUGAACGCGUGGCCACCAUUCGACAGACAUUGGAGGUCCUCCCGCCCCUUGGCUCCUCUCGAAGUUGUUUGAGUCGUGCGAGUAGCUCUUUCAGUCCUCAAACGGAUUUAAGCACGUUUGAUUCCUCCAGUAGCAUGGGAUCUUACAUGAUGAAUACGCCGCAAAGUUUUAGUAAUUCCACUCACGGACAGAAUGUAUAUCCCCCGAACUCUCAAUUUGAAACCGUAUUCCUGAACGAGAUUCCAAUGACGCGGGUAGUUGCACACAACGUCCAUCAUCGGCAUCAGCAAAAUCUGAACCCUCAAUCACGAUAUCAUCACAACCAUCAGCAGCCACCCCCGAUGCAAUCUCGCAUUCAACCCAGUUCACAGAAACCCCAUCAUCACCACCAUUACCAGUCUCAGACCCAACAAACCGAGUAUCACAAUGAAGCUCAAGGAGUCUUGGCAAGGCCACUAAGGCGAGGUUCGUAUCGCGCUUCCAUCAUAGCUUCAUCCAAUUGGGACAGUCGCAGUGUGGCUACUCAGACGAAUUCGCAAGAGAAUCCCGAUCCCGACCUAGACAAUCCGGAGCAUCGGGCCCCACGAUGGAGGCGGUCUUCCAGAUCGCGUAAAUCGAUCGCCGUCAUGGAACCUGGUCAGGUAGCAACGAAUCAUUCUGGGAUUGUGAACCCCGCUUUCCAAAACUCGCCAUCCAACCUCAAAGGCUCAUGGAGCUCUAACAAAGUCCGCGCUCCCUCGGUUGACGACCUUCUAGAUUUGGAAGGUCGAUCCCCGGAUUACAUUAUUCCUUCCAAAACGGUCCGGAAAGAAAAGAAGAAACAACGAGACCGUCGCGGAAGAUCCUCUUCUGUCGACCGUUGUCAUCGGAGAUCCAACUCGGUUAGUUCUGAUGCGUGGCAACUUGAAUCUGGCCUUUCCAUGGGCAUUUCCACCACCGACUUGCCAGGAAGAAACAGCAGAACUUAUCACCAUCAUCAGAGCAAUGACAAUGCCCAAACCCAAACCCAACAGUUCAUCACGAGUCGUUUCAAUCACUUAACCGUCAAAACACCCAUGAAUCCCAUUGAUUUCCCUCCACCUGAUGUCCAUCAAGUGAGAGCUGAGCCAUAUCAUGGUAGUGAAGAAGCCUUGUCCGAUGAUGGCGUUGCCACGGCCAUCGAGACAUUCAAACUGUUAGCGCUCUUGCUCACGCCAGCCAACCGUCGGAAACUUCAACUUCUAUUGAAGUUUAUGAGACGUGUGUCUACUAACAAAGACCUGGAGCUGAGAAGUGACAAAACCAAUCAGGAACUCGUUUUAGACACGUUUUUUGAUGCCAUCCUUCGUCCAACCACUGGCUCGUUCAACCAUGACGAGGAAUUGAGCCGGAGGAUCGUGCUCUUCUUUAUGGAUCAUUAUGAUCAAAUUUGGACCCCACCCGAAAGUCUCCGAAAGGAAAUCGAGGAAAAGGUCUACGAGUCGUUAGUGAGCAAGCGUCUUCGGGAGGGCGAGGAUCCUUAUCCAAUUACCUUUUGCCAACGAGUUCCUCCGGCGCAAUAUGAACAAGAAAAGAAUCUAGGAGUGCAAAAUGCCAUGAUGGAUCUACUCGAGCAGAUCGUUGACAGUUCGAAAUUGGGUGAGCGAGAAAAGCGAAAGAAGCUCAAGAAAUUCAAGGAAGCCUAUCCCGACGUGUUCCACAAGAAGUUUCCCAACGAAGAAUCCCUUCCAGUUUUCAUGAAGAGUGGCAGUAGUAAGAAAAAAGAGGGAGGAGGAGUGAAAACGAACGCCUUGGGCAAAUUCUCGAGUCUGUCGAGGUUAAGGAAUGCCAUUAGAAUCUAGGGUGUGCCCAAGUGCUGUUAGACUUCCCUGUUUCUCUCGCUUUUUCCAUACUACGUGACAGGAUUAAUAUUAACAGCCAAAAUUGUUGAUAAUGCAAUUGCUUUAUUGCAUUUGGCUAUAUUCUCUUGAUAAUCUGUUCAAAAUAGGUGUGCCUAAUAAUAUACGAUCACUGUAACCA